AUGAAAACACAACAUUCAGGAACUGCCAAGAGAUCUUCAAAUUGCAAGGAACACGAAUUCCAUUGUAAUUCGGGUGAAUGCAUUGAAGCUAACAAGAAGUGCAAUCGGAAGUAUGAAUGUGCCGAUGGAUCCGAUGAGACGACAUGCGAAUACUUCAUAUCUCUUCAAAAGUACAAUGAAGCCACGACGCACUCGGUGUCCAAUGAGGUGCUGGAAUGCUCCGAUCAGGAGUUCCGAUGUCCCUAUUUGACGGAGACCAAGUGCUUCCAUUUUGAUAAGCUCUGCGAUGGCGUUGAUGAUUGUGGUGAUGGUUCCGAUGAGACGAAUUGUGGAUCGAACGAGGAUCACGCGGCGGCUUCGUCUCGACGAUGCACCGAUCAUCAAUUCGAAUGCAAGAGGGACGGACGAUGCAUUGAUAAGGCGCUCGAGUGCAAUCGCAAGUAUGAUUGUGACGACGGAUCGGAUGAGACGGAAUGCGAGUACUUCAAAGCUGGAAUGACGAGAACGUCGAGUCAAGCCUCAUCGCCACAAUACAUGACUCAGGGAAAAUCUCAAGAGGUCACGUUCCAUGAUGAUGAUGAUGAUGGCGGCGAAUCGGGUUGUCUCGAACACGAAUUCCAGUGCGCGAUUGGCGAAUGCAUCGACAAACGGCGUGUCUGUGACACCCGGCCGGAUUGCCUCGACGCUUCCGACGAACGCGAUUGCUCGGAUCGCGGAACGCAACGCUCGCCGAUUCCAGAAGCGCCAAAACCGUCAACUCCAUCGUCUCACUGCAAGGAGAAUGAGUUCCAUUGUAAUUCGGGUGAAUGCAUUGAAGCGAACAAGAAGUGCAAUCGGAAGUACGAAUGUGCCGAUGGAUCCGAUGAGACGACAUGCGAUUACUAUAUCGCGGUGCAGAAGUAUCACGAGAGUCAGGGCGCUCACAGAGCUCAUUCGGUGGCGACGACGCAAUCUCCCGUCGAGCGCGUCAUUGAAUGCACCGAUCAGGAAUUCCGAUGCCCUUAUCUGGCGGAGACCAAGUGCUUCCAUUUUGAUAAGCUUUGCGAUGGCGUUGAUGAUUGCGGCGACGGAUCGGACGAGACGAAUUGCAAUUCGAAUGAGGACAAUGGCGAUUCGUCGCCUCUGGCGCGGCCAACGUCUUCUGGAAGAUGCGGCGCUCAUCAAUUCGAAUGCAAGAGGGAUGGAAAGUGUAUUGAUAAGGCGCUCGAGUGCAAUCGCAAGUAUGAUUGUGACGACGGAUCGGAUGAGACGGAAUGCGAGUACUUCAAAGCUGGAAUCACGAGUCAAACGACGACACCGCAAUAUUUGAGUCAGGGACGAUCGCAAGAGGUCACGUUCCAUGAGGACUAUGAUGGUGAAGCGGCGGGUUGUCUCGAACACGAAUUCCAGUGCGCGAUUGGCGAAUGCAUCGACAAACGUCGCGUUUGUGAUACCCGUCCCGAUUGCCUCGACGCUUCCGAUGAGCAAAAUUGUUCGGAUCGCGCGCCGCCGCCGCGACUUCCUCCGCCGGUUGUUCAAGACGGCGUCGAGCGCGCGCGCACCCUAAUUGAUCGUUAUCGCUCGCGAGAUUAUUAA